CUUGUUUCGAGUCUUGGACUAUCUGCUGUACAUGAGGAUGAAGACACUGCGUGUACAAUUAUUGCUCUCACUCGUGUUCAUACUGGCUACUUCAAGCUAUGCUACAAAGUUGGACCUCGAACUUACGAAGCACCUCUGCGAGAACGACCCGCCAUACGAACUGAAAUCAUUGUGCAGAUCUAAGUUUGGUGUCACGUGUCCAUCUGAAGUCAAGUUUGGAGACUGGGAAUACACUCUGAUCGAUGUCAACAGCUCGGUCAAUAGUACCGAGGCCAUUUAUUGCCCCGGAGAACAAUUGCUGAAGUACGAAAGACGAACGGAUCUUUCCUCUGUUCCUUCCGAAUGUCGUUCAGGCGUGCGCAUCGAUGCGGAACAACAGUACCGAUGUCCGCCUUCUCUACCAGAAAAGGCCAUUCGUCUAGGACGCAUAUUUGGCAGUUUUGACUCACCUUCAUCCAAUACUCUACACGAGCAACCUCCUGCAGUGCUGCGACAGAAGACGUGACGUCGUCACAUAGAAGACGGAAACGACACGUCACGUGCCAAAAUCUCAUCGACCUUGCCAUUCUCAUCGAUUCUUCUGGCAGCAUUACGAGCACUAACUUUUACAAAGCCCGCAACGACGUGGCCUCACUGAUAAGAUACACUUGCAAUGACUUCACGUGUGAUAGUGGUCCACGGGUUAACUUGGCUCUGGUGACGUUCGGAGAUACACGUUCUACAAUCUUUAACUUCGCCUACUCGAAAAAUUACCAUGGCAGUCUCAAUAGCAUGGUAAGCAGCAUCUACAGAGCAAGAUACCUAGGCGG